AUGCCCAAACUCUCCCUCUCCACCCUCCUCACCUCCCUCUUCUACCUCCUUCCACUCUACCUCUUCGUCGUCGCCCCCCUCCUCCGCCAACUCUUCCCAGUAACACAGGACAUCUUCGACCCAGACACGGACGCAACAACAGAAAGCGACAUUUCACUGGACCCGGAGAUCCUCAGCCUCCCGGACGGAAUCAUCCCAACAUGUCCCGAAGACACCUACCGAGUCCACCUCCUCUCCAAGGACCCGCUAAUCAUCUACAUUGAAGAUUUCCUCUCCACUGCAGAAGCCGAUCACCUAGUAAAGAUAAGUGAACCAAACUACUCCCCCUCAAUAAUCUACAACGGCCAAACCACCAAAGUCGACCCCUCGACCCGACUCUCCGACCGCGCCCUCCUCCCCCGCGACAACACCGUCCGCUGCCUCGAAUCCCGCGCCGCCGCCUUCCAAGGCUGGAAACCACACCUCUACAUCGAGCGCAUGUGGGCCCAACGCUACAACGUCUCCGGCCACUACAAACACCACUUCGACUGGGCGGGUUCCGUCGCCCGCGGCGGUGACAGACUCAGCACAUUCAUGGUAUACCUAGGAGAUGAGUGCGAAGGCGGGGGCACGAAUUUCCCACGUCUGAAGAUGCCGCGCGGAGACCAAUGGUGUCGGUUCCUGGACUGCGAGAUGGCUCAGAAUGAGAAUGUGUCUGGGAUCACCUUCAAGCCUAUCAAGGGGAAUGCCAUCUUUUGGGAGAACUUGAGGUCUGAUGGAACGGGUUAUCCGGAGACAUGGCAUGCUGCAUUCCCGGUCACUCAGGGGAUGAAGGUUGGGUUGAAUAUUUGGAGUUGGUAUCAGCCGCCGUCUAGGGGGAGGAGGUAA